AUGGCUGCCGCUAUCCCAGAGAAGUGUACUGUACUUGUCAUCGGCGGUGGCCCAGGAGGGUCCUACGCGGCCGCGGUGCUCGCCAGAGAGAACAUCGAUACUGUGGUGAUCGAAGCAGAGAAGAUGCCCAGAUAUCAUAUUGGUGAAAGCUUCUUAGCUUCGUUCCGGCACUAUCUGAAGUUCAUCGACCUGCACACCAAGUUUGACAAUUACGGCUUUGUGAUCAAGCACGGUGCGGUGUUUAAGAUGAGCCCCCACAGGAAGGAAGGAUUCACGGAUUUCCGUGCCCCCAACGAGGACAACCGGUCCUGGAACGUGGUCCGCUCCGAGGCAGACGAGCUCAUGUUCCGCCACGCAGAGGAGAGCGGCGCCAAGGUAUUUGACGGCGUCCGGAUCAGCUCCAUUAACUUCGGCGAGAGCGCAAACGGGCACUCUAACGGAGACGCAGCGCACCCGGCCCUCGGCCGCCCCGUCUCAGCACAGUGGAGCCGAAAGGAGACGGGCGAGAGCGGAACCAUCAAGUUCGACUACGUGGUGGAUGCCAGCGGCCGUGCAGGUCUGCUGAGCACCAAGUAUCUCAAGAACCGUACCUUUAGCCAGGCGCUCAAGAACGUGGCCAACUGGGCUUACUUCUCGGGCGGUGGUACGUAUGGCAAGGGCACUGACCGGGAGGGUGUACCGUUCUUCGAGGCGCUGAGAGACGAGAGCGGCUGGGCAUGGUUCAUCCCUCUGCACAACGGCACGCACUCUGUCGGCUACGUCAGGAACCAAGAGAUUUCCAACAAGCUUAAGGCUGCGAACAAGGAAAAGUCAAACCAGGAGCAUUAUGAAGAUGCUCUGAAGCUGGCCCCGAUGUUGACGGAACUCCUCGGUCCCAAUGCCAAGCAAGUGUCGUCACUACACUCCGGAGCCGACUUCUCCUAUCACGCCAGCACAUAUGCGCUGCCGUAUGCCCGUAUUGUCGGCGAUGCCGGCUGCUUCAUUGAUCCCUUCUUCUCAUCGGGCGUUCAUCUUGCCGUGACGGGUGCCCUGUCGGCCGGAGCGACCAUCGCGGCUAGCAUCCGCGGAGACUUGAGUGAGGAGAGAGCUUCCAACUGGCACUCGCACAAGAUCCGUGAGAGCUACGCUCGCUUCCUCAUGGUUGUCAUCAGCGCCUAUCAGCAGAUGCGGAACCAGAAGGAACCUGUGUUGAGCGAGCUUGGCGAGGAUAACUUUGACAGGGCCUUUUCGUUCUUCAAGCCCGUCAUCCAGGGCACCGCAGACGCCACCAAAAAGAUGAGAACGAGACAAAGAGAGAGGGGCAAGGGAACUAAGAAAAUGACCUCUGUAUAG